GCCCCGCAUUUCCCCUCGCCUCCCCCCGCCCCCAGCGCGCGGCCCCUCCCGCGCCGGGAUUUCGGCUGCUCUCGACGGCGCGCUUGCUGCUGCUGCUGCUGCUGCUGCCGCCGCCUCUUCAAGGACCUCCCAGCCUCGCCCCCCACCCCGAGGACAUCUCAAACCAAGGCGAAAGUCUGCUGCCGGGGCGGGCCGGCGGGCCUGGCCUGGGAGGGGCCCGGCGCGGGCGGAGGCCUGCGGGGGGCGGGGGCCCUGCCCGUGCGCGCGCCUCGCCAGCAGCCGUGCAGUGGUGGUAGUGGCGGGGGCCGGAGGCUGGAUCGGGCUCGCCCGCCGGCUCCCCAGUGAGGAUGGCUUGGACGGGGAGGCCCGGAGGAGCUGCCUGCUCGCGCCGGCCGCGACGCCGACCCCCGCCGCCCCGCUGAGGAGGAGCCCCGCGGAGUGGACGCCGAGGCACCCGCGGGAAGGACGGGUGCUGGAGAGUGCAUCACCAUGCCAGAGGGAGCCCGCAGGGGCAGCACCAAGGAAGGAGGCAAGGCAGCCACGCCCAGGCCCUCAUCUGUCUCCUCCCUGGGUGGGAUUGGCUCCAGCAUGGCGUCCGACCCCAUUCUGGGAAGCUGCACCUCUGUGAACACCGUGUGUUCGGACAGCGACCGCCCCGUCAGCCUCAGCUCCUCGGCCUCCUCGGCCUCCCUGCAGGACAGCCAGAGUGCCUUCAGCGGCGGCAGCGGACUGGGGAGUUGCCCGGCGUCCUGCCCGCACCAGAAUGGCAGCGACAUCAGCCUGGACCUCACCCCAGUGGCCUUUCUGGACGGGCCGGGGGAGGCCCCCCGGGGCUCCAAGCACUGCAGCUGGUCUCCGAGCCCGGGCCGCUCCAAAGAACGCCGGCUGAAGCUCUCGCAUCUGGACCGGGUGGUGCUGGAGAUCGUGGAGACGGAGCAGACCUAUGUGAGGGACCUCCGGAGCAUUGUGGAGGAUUACCUGGGCUGCAUCAUAGACUGUGGUCAGCUGCCACUGAGACCUGAACAGGUCAGCGCUUUGUUCUGCAAUAUCGAGGACAUCUACGAGUUCAACAGCGAGCUCCUAGAAGACAUGGAGAGGGACCCCAGUGCUCGUGCGGUUGCAGAGUGCUUUGUUCAGAGGAGUGAAGAGUUUGACAUCUACACCUUGUACUGCAUGAACUACCCUAACUCCGUCUCUGUGCUGCGGGAAUGCAUGGAGAACGACUCGCUGGCCAGAUUCUUCCGGGAGAGGCAAGCCACCCUCUCCCACUCGCUGCCCCUGGAGACGUAUCUCCUGAAGCCCGUCCAGCGCAUCCUGAAAUACCAUCUCCUGCUGCAGGAGCUAGCCAAGCACUAUGACAAAAGCAGCCCUGGCUAUGAUGCUGUGGAAGAGGCUAGCAUCACCAUGACCGCUGUGGCUUGGUACAUCAACGACAUGAAGCGCAAGCAGGAACAUGCCACUCGGCUGCAGGAGAUCCAGGAGCGGCUGGUGGGAUGGGCCGGGCCGGAACUGGGGGCUUUUGGGGAGCUGGUCCUGGAAGGGCAGUUCCGGGCGCCCCGAGCCCGCAAGGAGCGCGUCUUCUUCCUCCUCAGCAAGGUGGUCCUGAUUGCCAAGCGGCGCGGGGAGGCCUUCGUCUACAAGAGCCACAUCUUCUGCUGCAACCUGGCCCUGCAGGAGAAUACCAAGGACCCCAUGAGCUUCAAGAUCUCCGACCUGUCCAUCCCCAAGCAGCAGCACGUUGUCCAGGUGAGAAACCAGGAAGAGAAACGGCUGUGGAUCCAUUACCUGAAGCGUUUAAUAGUGGAGAAUCACCCGGCAUCCAUCCCUCAGAAGGCGAAGCAAGUCCUGCUGGAGAACAGCUUCCAGAGUCCCCCAGAAGCCGUCUUCAGCUCGGAGUCCCCGAAGAAGCCCCUGCCCUCUCCGUGGCUGGAUGAGCCCAGAGGGUGUGCCCGCGGGAGGCGGCAGUCGGAGCCUCCAGAGUGCAUGUAUAGCCCUGAGAGGAUCCGGCGCAGCUGCCCCAUCUUGCUGCUGGAGAAGAGCGGUUCCUAUCGCCGUGGUCGCAGGCAGUCUGAGACGACCAAGUUAAAGCAUGCGGACAGCGAAGGAGAGCUCUUCACAGCCACAGAGUCGCUCCAUCUCCCCAGCAGCGCCCACACCCUGGUCUCCGGCAGGAUGGAAGUGGAGGCAGAAGAGUCCAACCCAGAGGACGGGGAGGCAGAGUUCUCUCUGGGCGAGGAGGCCAUCCCUACCAAUUUGUCCAUCACCGAGGAGAUCCUAGAACUGCUUAGCCAGCGGAGCCUGGACAAGGAGAAUGGGAUGGAGGGGACACUUUUCGUGGAAGGGGGUCCAGAGAGGAGCAGCUUGGCUCCACAGGGUCAGCCCUCAGAAGACGACGCCUUGGGAAAGUCAGAGGAGGAGCCGGAAACGAAGCGUGGGUUCCAGGACGGGCCCCCGGUUGGCGCCGCUGACUCCCCCCAGGACCAGCCGCCCCCGACGCCUUGCCACCCCUUUGCCAGCGACUCUUCCGAGGAGGAGGAGCAGCAGCAGCAGCAGCAGCGCGGAGAGUCCAACGGCCCGUCUCCCCUCCACGUCCUGGAGGACUUGGCCACGGAGGACGCCCACGGCAAGCCAGAGGGGUCUGCCGGAGCCGCCCACGCGGGCCAGGGGCCACCGGAUGGGGAGGGCCUGCCCCCUGAGGAGGCGAGCCGACCCCCCCAGUCGGCCUCGGGGCCCCCGAGCGGAGACCAGAAGAGGGUCCAAGCGGAAGGGGGGCCCGGGCGGGACUCCACCCUGACCAAGGAUGACUGGCUGCUGAUCGAGAAGAUCAAGAGCUACUACGAGGGGGUGGAGGCCGAGAGCCAGGGGCCGCCUGGGCUCGGCAAGAGGGAGGGUGUGCCCUCGGUCCCUGCCGGCGUGGUCCGCGAGUCCAUCCUCCGCUUCAACAGCUUCCUGAAGCAGAACGACUCCCGGGGCGGGGAAGGGGGCGGGGCCCGGCUCGGGAAGCUCCGCCCAGCGCCCAGCCCCGCCGGCCGUGAGAAUGCGGGCAGGGUCCGAAGCCGGUCCUGCCACACCCAGCCGCCUCCUUGCCAUGAGGAUGGGGAGGAGGGGCGGAGUCAGCCGCCCACAAGCCCGGAACGUUCCAAGAGGGGGCGGAGCUGCUCUGACAGCAGCCAAUCCCCGGACGCGUCCCAAGAUGCCCGGAGGGGCGAGGCAAAGCCGCUGCAGGCUGGCUGCGAGAAGUCGGACAAGGGGCAGAGCGGCACCCGGUCUUGGAGAGAACGGAGCCGUCGGGGGCCGGAGCGUGGGUGUGGCUUGGAGGAGGAGUCUGAGGAGCCCGAGUUCAAAUCCUGCGCAGAGAUCCGGAAGGCUUGGCAGGAGAAGGAGCGCAGCUCUGUGGACGCCUCCAAGCAAGUGGGUAAGGCGGCAGGCAGGGGGCCGUACCCCACCCCGGAGAUGUACGCGGAGCCCUUGUGCAUUGUGGAGGAUUCGGACCUGGAGGAGCCCCUUUCGGUUCCAGACAGACACCCGGAGAAGAGAGCCCCCGGCGGUGGGGCUGUGGCCACCGACGGGCCACCCGGCUACCUUCCCUCGCUGGACCUUUACGAGAGCAACGGGGACCCCUGCCUCCUGGAGAACUCGGAGCGCAUCCUCAGCAAAGUCCAAGCCUUGGCAAAGAUGUACAGCGAGAAGAUCAGCGGGCUGAAGGCCCCGAGGAGGGGGCUGGAGAGGCCCCGGGCCCCUCGCAAGAAGAGCCCGGCCAGGGGCCCGGGGAGAGGAGGAGGAGGAGGAGGAGGAGGAGGAGGAGGAGGAGGAGGAGGAGGAGCUGCCAUCCCCCACUGUGAGCCACGGAUCUACGGCCACGUCCUCAUGCACGAGCCCCUCCAGCACGUGGUCGGCGUCCAGGAGAACGUGCCUUUCGUCACUGCCACCCGGGGAACCGCCCUUGAGCUGUGCAGCGAGAGGCCCCGUCCGCUGCUUUCUCCAGACCUCCUGGGUCCACUGAGGCAGGGAUUGCUGCUCUCCGCCUCCCUGCCCCUCCGCCUUCCACUAGAUACGUUGCCGCCCACUGACCACGAGGACAGCCCAGCCACCGGCCAAGACAGAGGAGUGCCGCGAAGCCCCAGGGGAGGUUCUCCGUUACCCCAGUGCAAGGUGGAUCCCUUGGUCGUAACAGCCCCCACCCAAAAGGGUUGUGAUGGAGGGCAUCCUUCUCCUCCGUGUCCCAAGUUGCUAACAGAAGGAGCGCUUGGAGCCACAAGUGCCGUGGAAACCGCGUGUGCAUCGGAGCUGGGCCGGGAGAUCCGGGAGGCUGGGCGGCCAUCUUGUGGGAUCCAACCAGAGGUUUCUAUGGAAACGGUGAGGUCCAGCCUUUCCUCCGAAUCGGAGCAACGCCCUGGGGAGUCGGAGGCAGCAAACCCUGCCGCCUCUUCAGGCCGUAAAGAGGACCCCGAGCCCGCAUUAGCUGCUGAUGCCUCGACCUUACGGACGAGCGAGUGGGCCUCACCCCAGGUGCAGGAAUGGGGGGCCCCCCGCACCAGCGCUGACCCCCUGCAGCCGGAAGAAAGCCUUGCAAAGAGCAAAGCUGCCCCUGUCCCCUUGGACCAUGUUGAGAGCGACGACGUGGCCAGAGAGGGCCUGAGCACAGACGCUUCCGAAGCCGCCCGGGAGACUCUUGGCCGGGCAGCCCCAGAGCCCCGCCCCGUCCCGGAAGCCGCCAAGGCCCCCAGUCCCCUGCCGCCGGCGUCCUCCGAAGCCCCCUUAACUCGCAGCUCCUCCGCGCCGCCUCCCCAGGAGCCCCCUGCUCCAGCAGGCUCCGGUUCCCGGCCAGCGGCCCCGGCCCAAGAGCAGCGCCCAGCCGCGGCUCUUCCGAAGCUGCUGCCACCCUCGCCGGUCCGCCGGUGCCUCUCCUCCAGUGCGGCGGCCAUUUCCAGAUACAUCGCAGCCUCGUGCAUCAGCCAGAGCUUGGCCAAGAAAAGUGGGGCGCCUCAGCCCGAGGAGCCGCCAGCCCCUCCCAGGCCCCCUCCCUCCAGCUGGGCCCCCCCGCGACUCCCGGCGGACCCUCUAGCUCUCCUCCCCAAGGGGGCCCCCAAGGCCCGCUGCAGUGCAGGGAAGGCCGAGGCCCUGCUCCCCAGAGGCUGCCCCCAGGGGGCCUUGGAGCCCCCUUCCUGCAGCCCCGGACCCCUCUCGUCCUCCCGCCGCUGGGCCUCGGCCUCCGCGGCCCCGGCCCCCUUUGGACACUGCGUGCCCUUCUCUUCCGCCUCAGAGCCCAACUCCCGUGUGCCGUCGCCCUCGCCGGGGAGAGCCCGGGUCUGUUCCCCACCUCCGGCCGGGCCCCGCAGCUGCACCUUCAGCCCCUUGGGGGCCCCCCCUCACGGGCAGCAGCCGCCCCCCCUCGUCGCCUCCCCGGUGCCCCUGCUUCUGAACUCGGGGCUGGGCCUGGCCGCUUCACCUCACUGCGGCCCCAGGCCCCGUGGCAACAGCCUGCCGAGACUGGCAGAGAGCCCCGCCACCAACGGAGAGCCCGUAUCAUCGGGGUGCGCCAUGGGGACUGAGCGCGGCGACCCUGCUCCGCCCCCCGGGGGCUGCCUCGGCUCUCAGGAACUGGGCAGCAUCAAGUGGCCCCAUGUACCAGGCCUCUGCUCCAAGUACGUGAGCAGAGAAUGUGGGGCCAGCCCUCCGAGGAGGGAGCUGGAGGGAGAGGGCUGCCCCAAGCGGGCCUCCCUGGGCAACGGGGAGCCGGCUCGCUGGGCAGAGAAGAGCCAACAGAGGGCCAGCUAUUCGACCACCGUCAACAUCCAGAUUGGUGGCAGCGGGCGGUUCGCCUCCUUCAGCAACGCCCAGGUCAGCCUGACCCAUCCCCUUCUGGCCACGCCAGAGCAGCCGAGCACCAGGAAGGUCAACGGCACGGCCUUGGAGGCGCCCCCAAACACAUGACCUGGAGGCUGGAGUUGCAGGAGACAGCAGUGGGGCCCACCGGCCGGACCUUGCCCAGAGCAGGGGUGGGGGAGUCGAAGCAAGGCGAGGGAUUGGGGACCAGAGGUUGGUGAUGUGCAGCAGCUGCAGCUCUGUUUCAGGAUGGAGACGGAGGAGGACAUGGACAUGGGCACGCCCCAGGAAUGGUCUGCUCCUUUCCUGAAGACGUGCCAUCUUCUGACCACUCGCUCUUGGGUGUCAUUCGCCAAGGCUGCUAAAGUCGGUUCUCUGGCGUCAGCAGGGGAGUGCCAGCGGGACGUUAAUCAAACAUGCAAGUGGAGAAUUUUUUUUUUUUAAGUAUAUUUCUUCUUCAGAUUGAGAUCAGGUUUUGGUUCCUGCUAGAAGCAGGAACUAUGAUGGCUCAACUCGUCUUUGUUAAAAUCUGCCUUGUUUAUAAGCGUACGGAUUGAGAGGGUUUCUUGGUGUGCCGUAAUGGGAAGAAGCAAGUCCCAGAUGAAAAGAAGCACAGCCGUUCUCUGUCUCUGUGGCAUCUAAAACAGUCAGAAAAUCACUUCUUAGCACAGUUCUGAAUAAGAGUUUCUCGAACUUGGGUCUCCAGAUGUUGGACUACAACUUCCAUCAUCCCCAGCCACAAUGGCCUUUUGCUGUCCCCAAGCUCUCUCUUUUCUUUUCUUUUUUAAAGUGUUCCAUUGGAUUCUCACCAGUCCCCAAGUAAGGAGCGGAUUUUAGUAACAUGUUUUUGUAAGGAGAUCAGCCAUUUCACUUUUUGAAUUAUUUGGCAGAAGGGUUCUUGGGUGGGUCUAUCUGGGCCCAGAGAUUGGUUAACUUUUAAUUUGUGGAUGAGCUCUAGAACUUCAGAUCUUCUCUCCUAUAAUACAGUUCUUUGUACUCCCUUCCUGGAAAGAUUAGUUCAGGCUAGUUAGUAGUGGCUUGUCCUAAUGAGCCAGAGGACGCCAAAGGGGGCAGCUCAGGUUUUUCUUCUCUCUCCUGCCCUGCCCGAGAGCUGUGCUGCCUGCAGCCUGGCCAUUCAUCAAGUAGAGCUUGCAUUAACUACACAGCUCUAUACAGCCCCCCCCACACACACACACACACUUCUCAUUAGGACCAGCCACUACUGGUUCAGGCACAGGUAGGUUCAGCAUCCUGUGCUGCGAAGACAGACGCAAAUAAUCCAUUCACCAAUUCUCCAAUCUCCUUCCUCCUAGAAUAUCUUUCACUCCCUUGUCCUUGAAGGGUCCAACUGCCUCCCUGGCCAUUUUCCUGCUUCUGAUGCAUUUAACUUUUUUUUUAAAAAAAUUGUUGGGCUUUAUAUUUUUGGCAAUGCAUUCCUCUCCCCCCCCCCACCUUGGUUUCAGGUCACAUUUAUUUUGCCAGGAUAUAUGUUCCUUUUUUGUUCUCCUAGUUUGGGCAAGGCUUCCAUUUUCUGAAGGCAGCCUUCGUGCCUUUUACAGGUUCCUGGAGACAUAAACUAGACAGGAUUUCUUUUGGACGAUUUGGAACUGCUCCUAAGCUGCAGUGGGCAUUCUAGGUAUUAUUGUGGUUUUAAAUAACCGCCAAGGAUUCUGCAGAGAUGUGACCCUCUUGACUCUCCCUUUCCUUUGAACAAAUCCCCUCAUUUUAAAAAGGCCUUCCCUUCCGAAAUUAUUUUGAAUCCUCUCCCCAUUUGAAAAUAUUGCAUCUUUCAGCAGUCCCUGCUGGCAGUGGGGUGGCGGUGCAGGGUUCCCAACCUCUUAAAAUUUAGUAUUUUUUCCUCCUGUGGGUUGAUGUGACCCUUCAGCUGUCAUGAGGUUCAGCCAAAGCAAACAUUCCAGCGCCCCAGUGAUUGCCCAAUUGUGGAAUUAGCUGCGGGAGUGUGUCCAGGACUGUCGGGGAGUCACUGUGCCAGAGAUUGCAUUGAGCAUCUCUUUCGGGGGGGGGGGCAAGGGCCAUCCAGCCGACGGGACAGGGACGUUUUCCCAUUUAGGCACGCUUCCAAGCAGAGCAAGAGGGAGAGAAGGGGUGUGUGGGAGAGUGUGGCGAAGCAGGAAGUGAGGGGCUGGAAUGAGGGGUGGGGUGUGAGAACGGGUCAGGUUGGCCUCGGCAUGGAGCACAAAAUGCGGUGUUUUUUCUCGGGCAUUGGGAAAUAGCAGCCAAAUGAGAAUGUGUGUGUGUGUGUGUGUGUCUCUGUUCCUGUGUUGUGUUCAACACUCAUACAAUCUAUAUACAGUGUACACAGGUACAGCUAUUCAUACAUUCUGUUGAACACAGGUACAAGACCACGUGUCCUCUCCGUACAAUGCAUUUCAAGGACCUGCAUUUUGAGUUCACUUUCAAAAUGGAUGCAGGUGCCCUCAUUCACACAGGAACAAGCACACGUGUCCAUAUGUCCAAAUAGAGGGUGUGUGUGUGUGGGUGUGUGUGUGUGUCUUGGAGUGGGAGUCAGCCUUUGGGUUUUCUUUCACUAGUUAGUAUACAAAGUCUUUGGUCUCUAGUGGUUACGGUACUAGAGUGGGCAAGCUCAGGAGUUGUUGGGGCUUUGGAAUUCUGCUCUUUUCUCCAGCCGGACCAAGCUCCAGAGUCCUGUGACAAGAUCUGGCUUGGCUUUGGAAGUUCCAACAGCAGCCCCCUUCCUCUUCUCUUCCUUUCACCCAGAAGGCUGUGGAGCUGCUUAAUUAAACCAUACCCUGUGGGGAAAUGAAUGUAUGCACUUUUCUUCAAGAGGCUGCUGGCCUUUUCUACAUACACCCCAUCACUUAGCAGAUUUUGUGUCUUUUAAAUGUCUGUUUUAUUUAUAGCAGUUGCUUUUUAAUUUAACAGCAGGGAAUUUUCCUUCACCCUCCUCAGACUGGGUACCAUUUUAAAAAUAUAUAAAUUCAGUAUCUCCUCCCACUCUUGUAAAUAAACUUUUGGUAGUGUUAGCAUCCUUCUUCACAUCCUUGUGGUUGUCUUUCCCUUAUAAUAUACCUAAAAUGUGGUUAAAAAUUGUUUGGUACGUCUUUAAACAAACAAAAAAGUGGAUUUUGAAAGGGAAAGGAAACCUCACAAGAGCAAAUAAAUGACAUUUUUGAUUGA